CAGUUUCUAGUCUGUGUUUCUAAUGUACAAAAAUGACGUGGAGAUAUAGGUUAUGAAUUUGUUGUAUAAAAUUUAUUUAAUUAAUAAUUACAACAAAUCGCUAUUUAUUAAAUAGUAUAGUCAAUGACAACACCCACCUAGAUAAGCAUUAUACAAAAUGAUUGAAAUAAGUGACACCCAGAAAAUCGGUGUUGGCCUUGCCGGUUUCGGAAUGACAUUCUUAUUCCUCGGAGUAUUAUUGUUAUUUGAUAAAGGAUUACUUGCCAUUGGCAAUAUUCUAUUCAUCAGUGGUCUCAGUUGUAUAAUCGGGUUGCAAAGGACAUUCUUCUUUUUCUUCCAACGGCAUAAGGUGAAGGCAUCAGUUGCGUUCUUCGGAGGGAUAGUGAUUGUGCUGCUCGGCUGGCCUAUGAUUGGCAUGGUGGCAGAAAUAUAUGGCUUCUUGCUACUUUUCAGAGGCUUCCUCCCAGCUGCUGUAAACUUCCUAAGGAUGGUACCUGUAUUAGGGUCUCUGUUGAACCUACCAGUUAUACGAGGGAUCGUCGACAGGAUAACGGGCGACAACGGACGCAACAUGGUAUGAUAGUGCGUGACCAUAGACAAUGACUUUAGUGUGUAACGUGGGUGUGUGUAAUUUAUUGUGUACCUUAAAAUAAAGUAGUUAAGGU